CCCAGAACGGAUCGUGCGCACAACAAUGGCUAUGAGCGCGAUUCAGAUAGGCGAAGGGGUAAAGAUGACGAUGAUAGACGCGCCAGACAUGAUGAUUAUCGUAGAGAGAUGACCGUCGUGACCGUGAUCGCGAUUCUAGAAGGCCUAACCGCGAACGGGACAGAGAAGAUCAAUAUGACCAUGACCGGUCCAGGAGGCCUAACCGUGAACGGGAUAGAGAAGGUCGAGAUGACCAUGACCGGACCAGCAGGCACCGAAGUAGAGAUCUCGCAGUCUCGUCUCGUCGCUCUAUGUCCCCGAAACGACCGUCUUCUAUCCAACCCUCCGCUCGUCCACGCUCUGGCUCUCGGUCUAAGUCCCCUCCGCCUAUCGACAAGGCCAAACCCAACUUCGCUAAUUCUGGGUUGUUAGCUGCAGAGACGAAUGCUGUCAAGUUAACUGACGGUACGAGCACAAUCCUAAAAUAUAACGAACCUCCAGAAGCAAGAAAGCCCACUCUGGGUUGGAGGUUGUAUGUGUUCAAAGGAAGCGAGCAAGCAGAAUUACUCCAUAUUCAUCGCCAAAGCGCCUAUUUAAUUGGACGUGAUCGUACCGUCACUGACAUCUUAAUUGAACAUCCUUCUUGCUCGAAGCAGCAUGCUGUGAUCCAGCAUCGUCAGGUAACGGAGAAAGAUGAAUUUGGCGCCUCAAAACCGAAGAACAAGCCUUUCAUUAUCGACCUGGAGUCGACAAAUAGUACAUAUGUCAACGAUGAAGCCAUUCCGACAUCACGGUUCUAUGAACUCAAAGCGGGUGAUGUCAUUAAAUUUGGAUUGUCAAAUCGGGAAUAUGUCCUUUUGCAUGACGAUGCAACCUGAGGCACCUAUGCCUGGCAACGCAAUUUCAGGCAGUACACAAAAUGUUGAAUCAUGUCACUUUGGCUUGUAUACAAGUUAGUUCUUGUUGGACUCCCUCCGAGCUCACUUGAUUUUAGGCGAUUUGGCAUCAGGUGUGAAGGGCUGAACCUGUUUUUUCUUUAAGUAAUCAU